AUGGUUGAUCCUGAUGCUGUGGCUGAACGAGCUGAACAACUGCAGAUACAUUUUGCCUCAAACUGCCCUGUCCUUCAGCAAAUUGCCCUAGCGAGCCAGUACAUGCGGGAAAAAGACGAAGAGCCGCUGAACAAGAAGCUCAAACAGGAGCCCGUCGGCGUCGACAAGGCCGCAGUGCCACCCAACCAACAGAACAAGGCCCUGCUCACGCUGAUCCACCAUCUGGCCAAGGUGGUCCUCCAACACGAUCGGGCAAUCCAGAUGGAUCGCAAACAGGACUCCUUCGUUAUCUUUGCCCAAGUCAGCGCGGAGGGAGCGCUCCCGUUGCUGACGUUGAAAGCCAAGGAAUGGAAGGACAUGACGGAGAAGACCACCACACUCCGCACCUACCUGCUGAAGCACCUGAUCCUGGAGAUACAACAGAGGGCCAUCAAGCUGUCCCAGAGCUCCCAGGGGACCCAGCUGUGGGACGUGGCAGUAACCAAGGGGGUGAUCCUCCAGGACGGAUCAUGGCCGUUCCAACAAUGGUGCCACACGGAGAAGAAACUCACCAAGUCCCAUCGAGCGCCACUCCCGAUGAGCCGCAUCCUGAAGGACCUGCAGUUCAUGGUGGAUCUCCUGACCGACAACGACCAUGUGAUGCGCUUCCACUCACUGAGGCCGCAAGCCAAUGUGGUGCCGUGGAUGCUACAGCUCAACAUGCGCGAAGACGAUCUUUGGAGACUUUUUCAUCAGCUGAGUCAGUCCACCCUUUGGGGACUCAUGGGCCUGAGCUUGAAGCAGCACAACCAACAAGUCAGCAAACCAGCGCAGCUGCUGGAACAGCUGACCAACACCCAGGGGACGGCCCCCAAAGGAGGUUGCAAAGCUGACACUUGGCAAUACGGGCCAUAUGUGCUAUGCCAACAGCGCCUUCACCUGCUUUUUGUGGUCGGCCCUGAGCA